AUGUUUUCAGCAGUUUUUAAUAAGACUUUUGCUAAUAAAGACUUAAAGUGCAUUAUGAGGGAAAUUUUGAUGCGAAUUUUAUUAUUAGUGGCGAUUUUUGGAAUACCUUUGGAAGCCAAAAGAGUUCCAUUUGUGAUAAAUACUUGGAACUUUACUAAUGCAACUAUUAAAGCCUGGGAUGUUGUUAAUAGACAAGGAAAAUCUGCUAUUUCAGCAGUUGUAGAAGGUUGUACAGUCUGUGAAGUUGAACAAUGUGAUGGUUCUGUUGGCUAUGGAGGAUCACCAAACGAAGAAGGUGAAACAACACUCGAUGCGAUGAUUAUGGAUGGAAAAACAAUGAAAGUUGGAGCUGUUGGUGGACUUAGAAGUAUUAAAGCAGCCAUUUCAGUUGCUUGGCAUAUCUUUUACUAUACAAAGCACACUUUACUAGUUGGUGACCAAGCAACAGAAUUUGCUAUCAAAAUGGGAUUCAUUAAAGAAAGUUUAUCAACUGAAAGUAGUGAAAAUAUUAUAACAAAUUGGAUGAAUAACAGCUGCCAACCAAAUUACUGGAUGAAUGUUAUGCCAACUCCUACUUCUGGCUGUGGCUCUUAUGAAAAAAUAGAAUCAAUUGAAGGACAACGAAUACAAGUGCAAAUGGUUCAAAAUGAUGACAAUAAUCAUGACACAAUUGGAAUGAUAGCAAUUGAUAAGAAUGGAGAUGGCUCAGGAGCUUAUGCUGACAACAGUGCUGGCGGAGCAGCAGCCACAGGAGACGGUGACGUAAUGAUGAGAUUUUCCCCUUCCUUUUUGGCAAUAGAAUUCCUCCGUAAUGGACUUACACCUCAACAAGCCGCCGACAGAGUAAUCAAUCGUAUUGCUCAAUAUUAUCCAAACAAUGCAGCUGCAAUUGUCGUUGCUGAUAUGGAAGGAAACUAUGGAGCUGCAUGUCAAAUUUUCUCGUCAUUUCCAAUUUCAAUUUACUAUCCAGGACUAGAUGAAGUAAAGGUUGAAGUUACGAAAUGUAGACAAAUAAAUGAGGAAAUAUUAACAACACCGGGCACAGCAAGUCACAUGACUCUAUGGCUGAUUGGAGAAAAGCAAUUGAAAUUUGUGAAAAAAAUCGAAGACAAUGACAAUUUGAAUAUUUUAAGUCAUCAUCUUACAAAUUUUAUGCCAAAUACUUAUACAUUUACAAAACAAUUAGCUGAGAGUGUGGUUGAAGAUUACAAAGAGAAAUUGCCAAUUGCUAUUGUUAGACCUUCGAUUAUAAUCAAUGCAAUUGAUGAGCCAAUGGGUGGAUAUAUUGACAAUUUCAAUGGACCAAUCGGAUUGUGCCUUGGAAUAGCAACUGGAGUAAUCAAAACUUUAAAUUGUAAUUCAAAUCACAUCAUGGAUCUGGUUUCUAUUAACAUUAUUGUUAAAGCUAAUAUUAUUGCUGCUUGGAGAAAAGCUCAUGAUGCAUCUGGAUCAUCUGGAUUACCCAAAGCUUUUGCAUCAAAACAAAACUUUUCUCUUGAGAAGAUGUGUGACUUAUUAAAAACUGGAAGCUAUGAAGAAUUUCCAAUGGGUCGAAAAAUGCUCUUCUUGCCAAGCUUUGACUUUAGUUUGUGGAAAUCAAAAAUCUUAAUUGAAUGUUUCCUGCUGCAGCUUUUGCAUGCAAUGUUUUUGGACUUUAUUUUAUCAUUGAUUGGAAAAAAGUUGAGAAUGAUGAAAAUUCAGCGUAAAGCAUUUGAAGCUUCAAAAGCAAUAAAAUAUUUUACAACACACAAUUGGACUUUUAAGGAUGAAAACUUUGACAGUUUCAGUGCAAUAUUAAAAGAAGAUGAUGUCAGAGCUUUUGACAUUCUUUUGUUUCCACAUGAAUAUAAGUGUACUUGGUACUAUCGAUGUGAACAAAGUGGUCCUAUUUUAAUGGAAUGCUGGCCUCCAGGAACACAUUUUAGUCCAAAUUCAAAUAGGUGUGAAUGGGAAUCAGUCGCAAAUUGUACACUGCCUGGAGUUCCACCUACAUCAACAGUCCGGCCAACGACAACUUCUAGAACAAUUGCUCUGACAACGACAGUUCCAACAACAACAACAAUUACGACAACGACAGUUCCAACAACAACAACAAUUACGACAACGACAGUUCCAACCACAACAACAACUCCAACAACGACAGUCACAACAACUAAAACUACAACAACAACAACUCCAAUAGUCCGAACUACUACAACAACAGUUCCUACAACAACUCUACAGCCAACAACUACCACAACAACAACAAUGUCAAGGUCAACGACUUCAUCAUUUAUCGUUCCAACAGUCCCGGUAGCUACAACAACUCCAAGAUUACCCACGACAACAACUAAAUUAACAACUUCAACAACACAGCCACCUCCGCUAUGCCCAGAAGUUGAUGACCCUAAUGUUUUGAUAUUUUUACCGAAUCCCCAGGAUUGUAGAUCAUACUUUUUAUGUUUUAAUGGAAUGAAACUUCCGAGGAGUUGUGCUAAUGGAUUUUAUUGGGAUGUUGACAACCUCUGGUGUAAUGUGAGAGAGGAAGUAAACUGUGGAUCAAGAAAUAAUUAA